AUGUUCGGUCCAUUCCGCCUCACAAACCCGCUAUCGGGUGGUCUAUUAUGGAAGAUACCAUGGCGGCUAUCCAGACAUCAGAAGUACAGGCAGCGCGAGCGCCUACGGCACGUCGACACUGUGGUCGGCACACUCGAUACCGCACUACGACGCAUGGGACAGAGCAUGAAGAAGGUGGAGCGCUGGAAGAUGGAGAUGCCGACCGAGGCAGAGAUGCUGCCCAAGGACAAAUACACCGUCUUCGACCGUAAGGUGAAGAGGUAUCGAAAGGGAAUACACAUACUGGAACUGCUCAAAGCCAACACCAUCACAGUCGAGGCCUAUGCGCAAUCCCUCCUCGACCGCAUCCACGACCGCGACAAUAUUGUGGAGGCAUGGGCUCACCUCGACAUGCCUACGCAAUACGGCUCUCCGAUAUACGAAGGACACCGAUCUGGCUUCGACUCAUUGGCUGUUGCCAUUCUGCGAUCUGCAGGCGCCCUUAUCUUCGGCAAGACAACGACAACUGAAUUCUCGGUCCCUAACUCAGGACCUCCAACCGCCAAUCCACACGACCCAUCUCGAACCCCAGGCGGCUCUUCAUGCGGGUCCGCCGCCGCAGUAGCCGAUAUGCAGAUUCCACUUGCUCUAGGCGUCCAGACAGGCGGAAGCGUCAUCCGACCAGCAGCCUAUUGCGGCAUCUUUGCCAUGAAACCCACGUACAACGCCAUCUCAACCUCAGGCCAAAAGACCGUUUCAUCUACAUUUGAUACUAUCGGCUUCUUCGCUCGCAGCAUACCGGAUCUGCAGUUACUAGCAGACGUCUUUUCCUUCCCUGACGACCAGCGCCCAGGAAAGGUAUGCUUGGGAGAUAUCUCGGUCGCUCUUGUCAAAACACCCAUGUGGUCAUAUGCCGGACCUGGUACUAUAAACGCCAUGCAUAAAACAGCCGCGAUACUGCAAAACCACGGCGUCCAAGCCGAAGAGAUGUCUCUACCGGAUGGCUUUGGCAACGCAGACAUUCUAACGCGCUCUCAAAAUGCAAUCAUCGACACUGAGACCGCACUCGCCUUCCGCGAAGAAUACCGUUCGCACAAGGGUGAUUUGAACGUCUCGAUCCGGAAUCUAGUAGAAAAACACUCUAAACACACCGAUGCAGGAAAAGAGAAAACGGAAGCUCUGGAUAAACUCGCUCAUUUGCGUGCGGUAUUCGACGCGAUAGCGGCUCAGUAUUCUGUCAUCAUCGCGCCGAGUGCUGUAGAUGAGGCGCCGGUGGGCCUUGGUGAUAUGGGGAGUCCGGUUUUCAAUACGCUGUGGACGGUAAGUUGA